GCCAUGUACAACCUGACUGGCUACAACACAGGUGCCUUCACCCUUCUGGGCAUCCCUGGACUUGAGCAGUACCACAUCUGGAUCAGCAUCCCCUUCUGUUUUAUCUAUCUUGUGGCCAUUGUGGGUAAUAGCAUCCUUCUCUACCUCAUUACAGUGGAGCGCAGUCUUCAUGCACCCAUGUGCUUUUUCCUUUCUGUGCUGGCUAUUACUGAUCUCAUAUUGUCUACCACCUGUGUCCCCAAAACUCUCAGCGUCUUCUGAUUUGGUCCCCAGAAAAUCAGUUUCCCUGGCUGUCUCACUCAAUUAUUCUUCCUGCAUUACAGCUUUGUUCUAGACUCAGCUAUACUGAUGGCCAUGGCCUUUGACCGCUACGUGGCCAUCUGCUUACCCUUGAGAUACACCACUAUCCUGACCACCAGAACCACUGUCAAAAUUGCUCUGGGAAUCACCUUCAGAAGUUUCUGUGUUUUUGUCCAGUGCGUUUUCCUUGUAAAUCGUCUGCCCUUCUGCAAGACACACAACAUUCCCCACACAUACUGUGAGCACAUAAGUGUUGCCCGGCUUGCCUGUGCUGAUAUCUCCAUCAAUAUCUGGUAUGGGUUUUGUGUUCCAAUCAUGACGGUGAUUAUAGAUGUGAUUCUAAUUGCUGUCUCGUACACUCUCAUCCUCUGUGCUGUCUUUCGCCUCCCCUCCCGAGAUGCUCGCCAGAAGGCCCUGGGCACCUGUGGGUCCCAUGUCUGUGUCAUCCUUAUAUUCUAUAUACCAGCUUUCUUUUCCAUCCUUGCACAUCGCUUUGGACAUAAUGUCCCUCGUACCUUUCACAUUAUGUUUGCCAACCUCUAUGUUAUCAUCCCACCUGCACUCAACCCUAUUGUCUAUGGGGUCAAGACCAAGCAGAUCCGAGACAAAAUCAUUCUUCUCCUGUUUCCUAAGGGGUCCCACUGA